AUGUCUCCCGACGAUGUUCCACCUGCACCACAACACAAACCCUCCUCCACAAGCUUCGCGGAUGUUUUCAAGACGCUAGGCGUUGGUCGCCCGAAAUCACAUUCUCCAGUUUCCUUCCAGGAAAGUAGUAGUGACUCUUUAUCGCAUACCACCGAAAGCCGUGGAUCACACCGUCACAUCCUUGGAAUUGACCCCAUGCACCGCGCAAGUAUCGUCUCAAGCUCUUCGGACACCCCGAGUGGUGGGCCAGACUUUGAGACAGCCGUGCGGACUCUUUCACAGAAACAGAACUUGUCUCAGGCGAUUGAUGAGGCCGAGAAUGUAUCCAAGUCCCUUCCGUGGUUCAGUCCCGAGCAGUCCAUUGUUCUCUGGGAGGCAGCUGAACACCUCCUACAUCAUGAAGACUCCGUGGAUGCUCAAAGGAGCGGGGCCAAAUUGCUGCAGGCAAUCUCUGCGAGACAGGAUUUAACACCAACCGCGAGACGAAUCAUAUUCGAGGCAAUCGCUUGCCCGACUGAACCGGAAGUGAUACCUUCCCGGGUUCAGUCAUUGAUAUCUUUAUCCGAUCACGGAAGGAAACUUGAGUUCGCUAAUACCCCCAUCCUUCAUAUCAUUUCCUCAUGGAUCAACUCGCUCUAUGGGCUUAUUGCAUCGGCUCGGGCGAGAGCGAAGAAGGGAAAGGGAGUCAAGAUCAAUGGACUGGACCACGAUGAAGCCAUCCUUGCGGAUCUUUUUCAAUUUGCAAUCGAUUUGAUUACCCUGCAACGCAAGCCGUUCACGGAAGAAGAAAUUGCAGGUCUUCUUCAGGAAACUAUCACCAUCUGCCGAAAGACAAGCAUGGCUGUUGACAUCAAGAAUUCGCUGGCCGUAUUCGAUGCAGUUGUGAUGAACUCGGAUGUGCCUGAUGCCAGUUUUCUUGAUCUCCUCGAAGUCCUCUGCAGUAUCCACGCCUCUGUGAAACCACUCUCCGGCCCGACAUCGCGGACAGUGCGGAGUCUCGCUAAAUCCCGAAGACAAACUGAGAUGGUCAACAUGCUGCAUACCUUUUUGAAAGAUUCAUGCUCCGAAGAGCAGAAUCGUAACUUGACUGUCCUUCGGGGUGCAAUUAUGGUCUUCUGUGAUCUUGUGUGUGCAUAUGGCCAGGCUGGAAUGCCGCAAAUUCCUUUCGAUCAACUGAUCGACUCACUUGCAGCAAUCGCCCAGAGAAAUGAUGGCAAAGUGGAUUCUGAUAUCUUGGACCUGUGUCUGAACAUUUUAGAAGGGUCCUAUGUUCAUGAUGCAUUGGAAUGGGACUGGACCAACUUCAUCAAUUUAGUGGUCCUCUGCUCGAGAAGGGUGUUUGAGGAACAUGAAGAUUCCCCCGUUUCCCCGGCAAGCCCACAACAAGCUCUUGCCAAAUCGGGACAUGACGAAUCCAAGUCAAACAUUCUUGCAAACAUGAUCCGAAUUGCAUCUGCUCUAGAAAUUCUCUGGGAACAACUCAACGGAGAUCAAAAACAACAAGCUGUUCGUUUCUUGGCUAAAGGAUACCAGCACAUUGAGCCUUCCCAAGCAGAGUUAAUCAUCAAUAUGACGAGAAAAGAUGCCCUCUGUCAUCCUUCAGAUGAUCCAGCCUGGGCCCAGCAUUGCCAAGAGCUGAUUACACGUUUCAUUCAGUCUCGAACCCAGUCACCUGACAUUCGGAUCCUGGCUCUGGAUACGUUGAAAGAAGCCCUUGCCGAUAACGAAAGGCUACUUUUCUCAGAGGAGCAUGGCCUCUUGGACCUGAUUCUUCAGGACUUUUCUGCAGAGAACGACCUCCUGUUUCUGGAAUCCCUUGUUUCCUUCAUCACUGAUCCGGCUAUCUAUUCCAGCAAUGAUGAUGCCUUCCAACGUCUAGUUGAUACCAUUGCUGCGCCAAUGAUAAACGAUGCCGUGAGAGAUGAGGCCCGUCAGGCCUCGCCCAUGUAUCCUUCACCUCGCCGAACCUCUGCAACAUCUGGAAGCGUUCUAGAGCUUACAUUGGCGAAUGUGUGCGCUGUUGGCCUGGUCAAAAUGAUGCUACGAGCGUUGAACUAUUCUGCCACCAAGUCCGUCAUUAUCUUCGAGGCUCUGUUGCAGAUAGCUCAAUCUCCAGACAGGCCAACAGACUCGCGACUCACAGUGCUGAAGCUGCUGUUUCGCCUGCGUUGUGAUUCAGCAGGCUCUGUGACCGUGGUUUCGACGUCGGAAAACGACUUCCUCAUGAAUGUUCUCGGUCGAAAUGUCGAUGUGAGCUCCAAGCCGAACGAAAGCCCCCCUCGAGAUGUUCCUCAGCCCGAAAACCUCCCGCCCUCCGUUGGCAAAAUUCCGGGCAAAGAUCUUCCUGCGCCCAGUCUGUCCAAGUCUCUUCCUGGCCGUGGUUCGAUUUCUGCCGCCCGAGCAUCCAAGCUCACACCUCCAGUUUGGACAUAUGCCCAGCCGCAGGUCUUGCCGGAACAGCCUCCUGGGGAAUCAAGUCAUGUUGUCUUUGCUUAUGGACAAAGUGAAGCCCAAAGCCCCUCGAGUGACACUUUUGCAUCGACGGGCAUAUUGAAAGUGAACAUGUGGCUCGAAAUUGUCAUUUCGCUUCUCCAGCGGGAGACUGAUUGGGAUAUUUACAGCUAUGUCCUGACUCACCUCGGCCCACAGCUUGGAAACAAAGACUUUUUCAGCAACUCCAUUCCGCAAAUUAAGCUCCUACGAAGUAUUCUUUGCGACCAGGUCAAGAACGAAACCUUCCACGAGCCCCCCGGGCAUACUGGUUUGAAGAAAAGCGAUGUGGCUGCUUGUAUUUUCGAUGCGCUUUGCAUGCUGGUCAGCUAUCAUGAAUAUUUUGCGAAAAGCGAAGAAGAUGACCUUGUCCGGGCAUUCAUGCUGGGAAUCAUAGGCUCAUGGGGCGCAACAUCUCGUGGUUGUAUCCAGGCACUCUCCUUGUGCUGUCACGAAAUUCCACUCUCGGUUACCAAAUCGCUUACAAUCAUUCUUGACAAGAUGUCCAAGGUGAUCACGAUGUCGAAUAUCGCUGUUCAUAUCCUGGAGUUCUUGGCCCUCCUCGCACGACUUCCUGAUGUGUAUGUCAAUUUGCGCGAAGAAGAGAUUCGCACCGUUUUCGGUAUCUGUAUUCGAUUCCUCCAGACCUCCAGGGAACAAGAACUCCGCUCCAAAGCCUCGGAAUCUCCCGUUGUCAGGGCCACUAUUCCACCACAGUCGCGGCUCAGUGCUGGCUCUCGUGAAAUCGCGUCUGGUGCGGCCGAGGCCAUGGAAUCGACCUCUCAAGACGCCAUGUCAAAAUAUGUCAUGACACUAACUUACCACGUCAUGAUAUUUUGGUUCUUAUCUCUUAAAUUGCAGGACCGACCCAAACAUGUCAACUGGAUCACAAGCCGACUCAUCUUCCCUGACGAGCACGGAAAGGACGUGGUUGAAGAACAAAGUCAGGUCUUCAUCGAUUUGAUGCAACGAGUUGCAUUCUCGGAUUUGGGCGAGACGAUCCCAUUUGAGAAAUUCCCUCCCACCCCGAAGAUGGCCCCGUGGCGAAGAAAUCCUGGGUUGUGGGCAUCUGGUACAACCUAUUCCGUUUACCAGCAGCGGACAGCACCGGUACUUCCUCAUCAAGUGCCCCCAACGCCUGAUGCCCAUGUUCAUCCCUCCGAUGCGAUGCGCACAGCUGUUUUCCCCAGUCACAUCAUGCUCCAGAUGACGGCGACUGCCUUCGCCACUCCUACAGUCAUGCAGCCCAUUCCAGUCCCUGAAGACGAUAUCACUCGACGAGCCAUUGGUAGUUUCGAUCGCACCGACAUUGUGGAUGGACAUCGAAUCGGUGUUGUUUACCUUGACAACCAUCAGACCAAAGAAGCCGAGAUUCUGGCCAACUCCGGUGGCUCUGCGGAUUACGAACACUUCUUGUCUGAGCUUGGAACCAAGGUAUCUCUCCGAAAUGCCCAGUUCAAUACCCAGGGACUGUACGCCGAUACCGAUGGAGAGUCAACUUACGCUUGGCGUGACCGUGUGACGGAAAUUGUCUAUCACGUUGCGACAAUGAUGCCCACGGACUUCGACCACGAUCCCCAGUGCAUCAACAAGAAGCGCAACAUUGGCAAUAACUUCGUCACUAUCGUGUUCAAUCGGUCCAAUCUCCCGUUCAACUUCGACACUAUCCCGUCAGAGUUCAACUUCAUCAACAUUGUCAUCACCCCAUCCAGCCAAAUUGCCUACGACGAGUCUGGAGCUCCCAAGGGGGAGACCGACCCGGAGAAGCAGUACUACCAUGUUAGGGUCAUGAGCAAACCAGGAUUCCCUGAAGUUUCCCCAGCCGCCACACCAAAGAUUAUCUCUGGCAAGAAUCUGGCACCCUUUGUUCGAAUUCUUGCCCUCAAUGCCUCCGUCUUCUCCCUUGUCUGGAACCACCAAGGCGGCGAGCACAUGUCUUCCUGGCGCACACGUCUUCGCGAAAUUAAGAAGGUUCGCGAACGUGCACUGGCCGCGCAAGCCCAAAGUGCCGAGGCUGCUGAAGGCGCAUAUCCCGGCCAGCGCCGCAAUACCAAGGCCAGCAUCUUCUCUGAGGAGUUGCCAACCCGAAGCGCACCAACCAAGACAGACUUUGAGUCCGAAUGGACAGCGGUUUCCGAUACGAAUGUCCUGCAAAACCUGGAUUUCGCCCGCUGGAGUCGCUAG